UUGGGCUGCUCCGUUAUUCUGGCCCAAAAACUUUUUUGGUGAGGAACUUUAUCAAGGGAAAAAACAGAGUUCAGACUUCAGGGGUCGUUUGAAUGAAGGAAUAUAGUGAGGGAUUUGUGAGAGAUUUUAAAACAAUCAUGCAUUAUAUAGGAUUUUAAAACAAUCAUGCAUUUGGAAAUGUGAGAGAUUGUUGGCAUGGGGAAUUUUGAAAACCCACAAGCUAUUUUGAAAUCCCUCACUUUUUUUUUUGUUUCUUCCAGACUUUGCCCCUCGUUGGUUUCGUUCUUUCCUUCUUCUUUCAUCCAACCUCUACCUUCUUCGGUACUUGUCAGAGCCUAAUCGACGGGGACCCCUUUCUUCCUCUUGAUUAAAUGGACCUUAAAUCCGGUUUUCUGGAUCUUUCUGAUCCCGUGAGACAACUGGGUAUUCUGUGAUUAGGUCUAGAUCUUGAUCCCUCUCGGACACGAGCUCCAUACCGGCAGAGGAAACCCUCCCUCACCGAGCUCGGUCGCGACAUCAGAACCAUCUGCAGAUGGGUUGAAGAAGAGCAAGGAUUCGCCUGCCAUACAUCCCCAAUUUGAAGAAUAUGGUUUCGCGGCAUCAGAACCCUCUACACAUGAGGUUGAAGAAGAACUCUUCGCGUCGCAGAGUUGCGGGUCCAGGGACAAAACACCCACCUCAAUUGCAUGUCGGGAUUCGCAGAAGAGAGGGAGUGGCGGAUGGGGGGGGGGGGGGGGGGGGGGGGGGGGGGGGGGGGGAGGGGUUCAACCUGGGUUUGGAUGAAGUCGUAUGCUCUGUUUCCUCUGCCAGCAAUGAAGAAGAGUGAGGAAGAAGAAGUUGCAAAGACUAUGAUCUGGACAAAAUUGGAAUUUUGGGUUCUUCUAAAAAAACCCACGUUUGAUCCAAACAAGCUAUUUGACUACAAUCCCUAAUUCCAAAUAUCUGGGUUUUUCAAUUAAGGAUUUGAACCACAAUCCCUCAUAAAUUAAAUCCUUAAUCCAAACGACCCCUAGAAGAUACAGAUUCCCACAAGACGUGAGAAAGAGCAGAAGAGAACAAGAGCACAAAGCCCGAAAGAGAUGGAAGAAACAGAAAGGAAAAGCACUGAAAACUACAAGCAAGAGCGGAAAGGGGUAAAAGCAAAGGAGCAAGGAAAGGAGACUCAAAACGAGAUUAGAGACCCCAGCAGAGGUGCCCUGACGAGCAGCAGCACAUCUAUGAAAGCCAAAUUUGCGAAAAAGUCAAUCAACGAUUGCUUUCGUAAUCUUCCUAGCGACCACCAAAGAAGUAAAACGAGUUUCUUGAAACAUCCUCUGAUUUCUUUCCUUCCACACAUGCCAACAAAUCGCGUGAAUAGCACAGUAGUUGAACCAAAAACUUACCUGGCAUCCAUUCACCAGAGUAAAUUUUUUGAACGAACCAUGCAAAUCGCAAACUCACAAGCCUUUCAUAUAUGGCGAACAUAGUUUGGUUAGGGAUGGCAAUUUAAACUAGUGUCGGUUAUUAUCCGAUCUGACCUGCGAUGGGCCAGGUACCCGAUCUGCAGUAGUAUGGAGCGGAACAUGGGUAUCAACUUACGACCCGUCCUGUCCCGUUUCGUCCCGUUCUUGGCUUAUUCAAUCUCAAUUCCUUACAAUAUCUAUUCGUUUUUUUCCUUAUUUUGAUUUUUUCUUCAACUUGUUAGACUUGAUCUUUCAUUCAUGAAGUAUUUUUCCUUCAUAUUAUCACAGUUCAAAACUCCUUUGCCAUGCCAGCACUGAGUUUGGUUUUCAUAAAACACACUUUUGAGAUUGAAAAGCCAUAUUUGUUUCCAAUAGUUAUUUAAUUUAUGGAACAUUGGAUCACUCACAUCUAUAGUGGAUUGACACUAUGUAACUUCUUUUUGUUGAGAGAAGCUAUGUAUUCGAGUCGUUUGAGUGUCGUUGUUUUAUCUUUUGGAUGAAGUAUUUGUUCAUGGAGGUUGCGGGCUAACAGAAUAUGGAUCAAAAGUGACGGAGGCAAAAAUAUGAAAGUGAAAAUAUGAAAAAUCCGAUUUCAAGAUUUUUGAGGUGUGAUAAUUGUGGAUGGGUCGCCAAUUAAGUCCUAUAAAAUAUUCAAUUUCCCCAACCUGUGUACAAAAUGUAUUUUUAAGGCUUGGGUGCAAGGCUAGCGUUGGAAUCUUGUCUAGCACAUAGCUCCCCUAAUUACACACAUACAGGCUACACCUAGGCGUUGCCGGACUCUGCAGCCGCCGGCCGCAUCCUGAAUUUCUAACCCACAGAGCGGAGCCCUAUAGGCGCAAUCGACUUCUUAUUAAUAUCUCCUCCAGACAGGGCCUCGUGCUUCCCCUGAAUAUAAUUGAUGGACUCUAGAAAUUCUAUUUCUUGAAAAGGACAACGAGAUAGACAAAUAUGCUUAGCUUGACCACCACCACCAACCCAAUAAAACUGCUAAUUGGUGUGCUGUAAAUAUAUAUAUUUUUAGAGGUAUUAAGAAGCCAGAAGAUUGAAUCAGAGGUAUCUUUCGGUUUAAUUUGAUUAAAAUACCAAACUAUUUAAUAACAAAAUUUCGAGUAAUUCAUUCAUGAAAAAAAGAAAUAAUCGAUUACUAAGUGUUUUACAUAUAAACAAUCGUGAAGCUGGCUCCUCUUAUUGUCGGAUGGCCAGCACAAUAAUUAUAAAAUAAGAUGCUGCAUAUAUCACUCACGUGGUCACCUCAGAACACAUAGUAUAUCGAUUAUCCUAAACAAGUUGGUCCGUGAGUGAUUAAUUAUAGUUCUUAAUUAUUAUGCUAGUCUCUUACAUUAAUCAAUAGCAUUCAACUUAAAAUUAUUUGGUCUUGUUUUUUCUGUAUCAUUAUGGUCUACUCAGACAAAUAUACACUGUAGAAUAUGCGAGUUUCAUGAUAUUAUAUCAUUUAUAAAUACGAUUGUAAGAAUUAAUGUAAAUACAUUAUGCAAUUUCAUUACAUGAAAUGGAAAGGGAAAAAAAAAGCAUAAUAUUGUAUCUGAAUGAGACAGAAAGAACAAUAUAACGGGAAUCAAGUAAUAUAUAUGGUGACUAUUUCGGCGCACUCACAAAAAUGAGUGCGUUCAAUGCACCCAACUCAAAAACUAGUCUUAAGGAGUCGGAUUUUGAAUUUUAAUUUGUAGAAUUAGUAUAAUAUGAUCAUAUAACAUAUGAUAAGAACUAAUUAGCGGAUUAUCCUAAGCACUAGACCUCCAAUUUUGAGUUCUAUCCCUAAACCCUAACCCUAACCCUAGAUCUUUAAACUCUAAAUCCUUCAAAUUAAAGCAAAUCUUUUAUGGUGUUUGUGCAAAUUCAUGUGUGUUAUUGUUCAUCACAUCAUAAGUGAUAAUUGACAUCAUUUUGACAUAAAUCUCAUGUUUAAAA